AUGUGCCACAAUUUGCUACAUAAGAGGUCGGGCGAAAUACUUAAUCACUUGAGUAAGUGGGCAUUUGAUAGAACAUAUACCAAUUGGAUUUGGCAUGGAGAAUGUAGGGAAAAACCUCUUGUUAGUAAUGUAGCGGGUAGUGUGUGUGAAGGUGAUAGCACAAAUGAGGCAGAUAAUUUAGAAGAUUUGUUGCAUUCAGUGAAGGAUAACUUUGAUGAUAAUCCUACCAUGUUAGAGAGCAUUUUAAAUGACUCUGAAAAGCCUUUGUAUGACGGUUGCACUAAGUAUACUAGAUUGUCUGCUAUAAUCAAGUUAUACAAUUUGAAAGCAGGUCAUGGUUGGACUGAUACAGGCUUCAGCAUGCUACUAGAAGUUGUCAAAAACAUGCUUCCAGAAGACAAUGUCCUUCCAUCUACUACUUAUGAGGCAAAAAAGAGUUUAAGCUCUAUGGGUUUACCUUACCAUGCGUGUCCUAACAAUCGCACGUUGUAUAAAAAUGAAAAUGAAUCUUUACAGAGCUGCUCAAUUUGUAAAGCCUCGCGGUAUAAGAAAAGUGGUGGCACAAUCCCUGCUAAGGUAUUAUGGUAUUUUCCAAUAAUACCACAGUUUAGGCGGCUGUUCUCAAAUGCAGGGGAUGCAGAGAAAUUAACAUGGCAUCAUUAUGGUCGAUUAGAUGAUGGAAUGCUUAGACACCCCGCCGAUUCUCCGCAGUGGAGGUUUAUUGAUGGAAAAUACCCAGACUUUGCAAAAGAGAAGCGUAAUCUAAGGCUUGCAUUGUCUACAGAUGGGUUCUAUCCAUUUAGGAACUUGAGUAGCACAUAUAGUACAUGGCCUAUCAUAUUGGCUACUUAUAACUUACCUCCUUCAUUGUGCAUGAAACCACGAUAUAUGUUUUUAGCAUUGCUAAUUUCUGGGCCUAAACAACUUGGAAAUGACAUUGAUGUGUAUUUAGAACCUCUCAUUGAUGGUUUGAAUAUUCUUUGGGAGGAUGGUAUACAGGUGUUUGACGCACAUCGUAACGAGAAAUUUAUCAUGAAAGCAAUGUUGUUUAACACCAUCCAAGAUUUUCCUGCUUACGGUAAUCUUUCUGGGUAUACCAUGAAAGGGAAAGCACCUUGUCCCAUAGGCAUGGAGGAUUGCGGGGGAGAAUGGUUGAGCGCAUCACGCCAGCAUGUGUUCCCUAUACAUCGGCAAUAUCUUCCUUCGAGUCAUCCAUUUCGUAAGAGGAAAAAGGCCUUCAAUGGGAAACAAGAUUUUAAAGGUCGCCCAAGAUCUCUGUCAAGUGAAGAGGUCUUUGAAAAGGUUAAAGACAUUCAAAUUACCUAUGGGAAAAAGCAUAGGUCUGCUCUUCCUACGCAAGGCUUUAAGAAGUGUUCAUAUUUAUGGCGCCUACCUUAUUGGAGAUUCCUUUUUGUGAGACAUUUGCUUGACGUGAUGCAUAUUGAAAAGAAUGUGUGUCAUAGUUUGAUUGGUACUUUAUUGGAUAUUCGUGGGAAAACUAAAGAUGGCACGAAAGCUAGAGAUGACUUACAAACCAUGGGGAUUAGAAGUGAACUCCAUGCUGUUGUGAAUGACAAAGGUCGAGCAUACCUGCCUCUAGCAGCUUAUACAUUGUCAAGAAAAGAGAAAAUUGAGUUUUGUGAGUGCUUGGCUGGAGUAAAAGUGCCAGAGGGUUAUUCUUCAAAUAUUCGCAACCUUGUGAAUAUGGAAAACUUGAAACUUGUGGGCCUUAAAUCUCAUGAUUGCCAUGUUCUAAUGCAAAAUCUAUUACCAGUGGCUAUUUGUUCAAUUUUGCCUAAAAAUGUUCGUUUUGCCAUGACCAGACUUUGUUUAUUUUUUUAA